AUGAGUAGGGAGAUAAAAUUUGAGGUGACAGGGAGAAAAUGCAUCAAACCCUCCACGGCCACACCACCGCAACUCAAAACCUUCAAACUCAAUUUACUAGACCAACUUUCACCAAACAUUCAUGGCAACAUCACCUUCUUCUACUCACACGACCCCACCACCCACUUCUCCACAAAAUCUCAACUCCUUCAAAACUCUCUCUCCCAAGUGUUGACCCUCUUCUACCCUCUCGCAGGUCGCCUUCAAGACUCUGCCAUCCACUGCAACGACGAAGGCGCUUUCUUCAUUGAAACUCGAACCAAUAUCCCUCUCUCCGACAUCCUUACAUCUCCAGAUUUCGACGCCCUCCAAUGUUUCCUCCCCACCACCGACAAUGAAACGAUGGCAACCUCAAACGGUUCCUUGCUCCUCGUCCGUUUCACCUCGUUCGCUUGUGGCGGCACCGCUGUUACCCUAUCCCUCUCUCACAAGCUUGCUGACAUGGCAUCUUUGAUGGUACUCCUCAAGAGUUGGACCGCCGUGUGCAAUGGAGCCACCGCACUAGUGGUCCCCGACCUCAGCAUCGGUGCUACUCUCUUUCCUCCGAGAGAUAUUCCUGGCAUGUCAGCUUCUGUAAACACGGUCUCUACGGUGAAUUUCACAACAAAAAGGUUGGUUUUCGAGGCUUCCAAGGUUAAAGAACUAAAGAGCAAAGUGAAAACGAGGUUUGACCCUUCCAGGGUGGAGGUAGUUUUGGCGCUAAUUUGGAAAUGUGCUUUGUUGGCAUCUCGCUCCAAAACGACGUCAUUUAAGCAUUCGAUUUUGUUUCAAGCUGUGAACCUCCGUCCUCGCAUGGAGCCACCUGUUCCCGACACCGCAGUGGGGAACUUUAUAUGGGCUUUCGCGGUGACGGUGGAGAAAGGUAGUGACAUGGAGUUGCAUGUGAUGGUGAGUAGGAUGAGGGACAAUAUGAAUGAGUUUAUGAAAACAAAGGCAGAAAAAUUCAAAGAAGAAGGUGCAUUUGGGGUUGUGAUGGAGAGUAUGAAGGAAAGGGGUGAAGUAUUGAGGGAGAGAGAGUGUGUUAUGGUUUUUAAGUGUUCAAGUUGGUGUAAUUUUCCACUUCUUAAGGUUAAUUUUGGGUGGGGUGAAGCUGUGUGGAUGUCAAGUGUGAAUAAAUAUGUUAGUAAUACCAUUGCUCUGAUGGAUACCAAGGAUGGUGGGAUUGAAGCCUUUGUCACUCUUGAUCAACAACAGAUGGCCUUGUUUGAACAAGACCAGGAGCUCCUACACUAUGCUUUGAUUAAUCCCAGUGUUAUAAUUUGA